GCUCAAGACGUAUGCCAACUUCCCAGAAGCACCUCAGGAGGAGGCUUCUCUCAGCAAUAGGCUCAAGACGUAUGCCAACUUCCCAGAAGCACCUCAGGAGGAGGCUUCUCUCAGCAAUAGGCUCAAGACGUAUGCCAACUUCCCAGAAGCACCUCAGGAGGAGGCUUCUCUCAGCAAUAGGCUCAAGACGUAUGCCAACUUCCCAGAAGCACCUCAGGAGGAGGCUUCUCUCAGCAGUAGGCUCAAGACGUAUGCCAACUUCCCAGAAGCACCUCAGGAGGAGGCUUCUCUCAGCAAUAGGCUCAAGACGUAUGCCAACUUCCCAGAAGCACCUCAGGAGGAGGCUUCUCUCAGCAAUAGGCUCAAGACGUAUGCCAACUUCCCAGAAGCACCUCAGGAGGAGGCUUCUCUCAGCAGUAGGCUCAAGACGUAUGCCAACUUCCCAGAAGCACCUCAGGAGGAGGCUUCUCUCAGCAAUAGGCUCAAGACGUAUGCCAACUUCCCAGAAGCACCUCAGGAGGAGGCUUCUCUCAGCAAUAGGCUCAAGACGUAUGCCAACUUCCCAGAAGCACCUCAGGAGGAGGCUUCUCUCAGCAGUAGGCUCAAGACGUAUGCCAACUUCCCAGAAGCACCUCAGGAGGAGGCUUCUCUCAGCAAUAGGCUCAAGACGUAUGCCAACUUCCCAGAAGCACCUCAGGAGGAGGCUUCUCUCAGCAAUAGGCUCAAGACGUAUGCCAACUUCCCAGAAGCACCUCAGGAGGAGGCUUCUCUCAGCAAUAGGCUCAAGACGUAUGCCAACUUCCCAGAAGCACCUCAGGAGGAGGCUUCUCUCAGCAAUAGGCUCAAGACGUAUGCCAACUUCCCAGAAGCACCUCAGGAGGAGGCUUCUCUCAGCAAUAGGCUCAAGACGUAUGCCAACUUCCCAGAAGAACCUCAGGAGGAGGCUUCUUUCAGCAAUAGGCUCAAGACGUAUGCCAACUUCCCAGAAGCACCUCAGGAGGAGGCUUCUCUCAGCAAUAGGCUCAAGACGUAUGCCAACUUCCCAGAAGCACCUCAGGAGGAGGCUUCUCUCAGCAAUAGGCUCAAGACGUAUGCCAACUUCCCAGAAGCACCUCAGGAGGAGGCUUCUCUCAGCAAUAGGCUCAAGACGUAUGCCAACUUCCCAGAAGCACCUCAGGAGGAGGCUUCUCUCAGCAAUAGGCUCAAGACGUAUGCCAACUUCCCAGAAGCACCUCAGGAGGAGGCUUCUUUCAGCAAUAGGCUCAAGACGUAUGCCAGCUUCCCAGAAGCACCUCAGGAGGAGGCUUCUCUCAGCAAUAGGCUCAAGACGUAUGCCAACUUCCCAGAAGCACCUCAGGAGGAGGCUUCUCUCAGCAAUAGGCUCAAGACGUAUGCCAACUUCCCAGAAGCACCUCAGGAGGAGGCUUCUCUCAGCAAUAGGCUCAAGACGUAUGCCAACUUCCCAGAAGCACCUCAGGAGGAGGCUUCUCUCAGCAAUAGGCUCAAGACGUAUGCCAACUUCCCAGAAGCACCUCAGGAGGAGGCUUCUCUCAGCAAUAGGCUCAAGACGUAUGCCAACUUCCCAGAAGCACCUCAGGAGGAGGCUUCUCUCAGCAAUAGGCUCAAGACGUAUGCCAACUUCCCAGAAGCACCUCAGGAGGAGGCUUCUCUCAGCAAUAGGCUCAAGACGUAUGCCAACUUCCCAGAAGCACCUCAGGAGGAGGCUUCUCUCAGCAAUAGGCUCAAGACGUAUGCCAACUUCCCAGAAGCACCUCAGGAGGAGGCUUCUCUCAGCAAUAGGCUCAAGACGUAUGCCAACUUCCCAGAAGCACCUCAGGAGGAGGCUUCUCUCAGCAAUAGGCUCAAGACGUAUGCCAACUUCCCAGAAGCACCUCAGGAGGAGGCUUCUCUCAGCAAUAGGCUCAAGACGUAUGCCAACUUCCCAGAAGCACCUCAGGAGGAGGCUUCUCUCAGCAAUAGGCUCAAGACGUAUGCCAACUUCCCAGAAGCACCUCAGGAGGAGGCUUCUCUCAGCAAUAGGCUCAAGACGUAUGCCAACUUCCCAGAAGCACCUCAGGAGGAGGCUUCUCUCAGCAAUAGGCUCAAGACGUAUGCCAACUUCCCAGAAGCACCUCAGGAGGAGGCUUCUCUCAGCAAUAGGCUCAAGACGUAUGCCAACUUCCCAGAAGCACCUCAGGAGGAGGCUUCUCUCAGCAAUAGGCUCAAGACGUAUGCCAACUUCCCAGAAGCACCUCAGGAGGAGGCUUCUCUCAGCAAUAGGCUCAAGACGUAUGCCAACUUCCCAGAAGCACCUCAGGAGGAGGCUUCUCUCAGCAAUAGGCUCAAGACGUAUGCCAACUUCCCAGAAGCACCUCAGGAGGAGGCUUCUCUCAGCAAUAGGCUCAAGACGUAUGCCAACUUCCCAGAAGCACCUCAGGAGGAGGCUUCUCUCAGCAAUAGGCUCAAGACGUAUGCCAACUUCCCAGAAGCACCUCAGGAGGAGGCUUCUUUCAGCAAUAGGCUCAAGACGUAUGCCAACUUCCCAGAAGCACCUCAGGAGGAGGCUUCUCUCAGCAAUAGGCUCAAGACGUAUGCCAACUUCCCAGAAGCACCUCAGGAGGAGGCUUCUUUCAGCAAUAGGCUCAAGACGUAUGCCAACUUCCCAGAAGCACCUCAGGAGGAGGCUUCUCUCAGCAAUAGGCUCAAGACGUAUGCCAACUUCCCAGAAGCACCUCAGGAGGAGGCUUCUCUCAGCAAUAGGCUCAAGACGUAUGCCAACUUCCCAGAAGCACCUCAGGAGGAGGCUUCUUUCAGCAAUAGGCUCAAGACGUAUGCCAACUUCCCAGAAGCACCUCAGGAGGAGGCUUCUCUCAGCAAUAGGCUCAAGACGUAUGCCAACUUCCCAGAAGCACCUCAGGAGGAGGCUUCUCUCAGCAAUAGGCUCAAGACGUAUGCCAACUUCCCAGAAGCACCUCAGGAGGAGGCUUCUCUCAGCAAUAGGCUCAAGACGUAUGCCAACUUCCCAGAAGCACCUCAGGAGGAGGCUUCUCUCAGCAAUAGGCACAAGACGUAUGCCAACUUCCCAGAAGCACCUCAGGAGGAGGCUUCUCUCAGCAAUAGGCUCAAGACGUAUGCCAACUUCCCAGAAGCACCUCAGGAGGAGGCUUCUCUCAGCAAUAGGCUCAAGACGUAUGCCAACUUCCCAGAAGCACCUCAGGAGGAGGCUUCUCUCAGCAAUAGGCUCAAGACGUAUGCCAACUUCCCAGAAGCACCUCAGGAGGAGGCUUCUCUCAGCAAUAGGCUCAAGACGUAUGCCAACUACCCAGAAGCACCUCAGGAGGAGGCUUCUCUCAGCAAUAGGCUCAAGACGUAUGCCAACUUCCCAGAAGCACCUCAGGAGGAGGCUUCUCUCAGCAAUAGGCUCAAGACGUAUGCCAACUUCCCAGAAGCACCUCAGGAGGAGGCUUCUCUCAGCAAUAGGCUCAAGACGUAUGCCAACUUCCCAGAAGCACCUCAGGAGGAGGCUUCUCUCAGCAAUAGGCUCAAGACGUAUGCCAACUUCCCAGAAGCACCUCAGGAGGAGGCUUCUCUCAGCAAUAGGCUCAAGACGUAUGCCAACUUCCCAGAAGCACCUCAGGAGGAGGCUUCUCUCAGCAAUAGGCUCAAGACGUAUGCCAACUUCCCAGAAGCACCUCAGGAGGAGGCUUCUCUCAGCAAUAGGCUCAAGACGUAUGCCAACUUCCCAGAAGCACCUCAGGAGGAGGCUUCUCUCAGCAAUAGGCUCAAGACGUAUGCCAACUUCCCAGAAGCACCUCAGGAGGAGGCUUCUCUCAGCAAUAGGCUCAAGACGUAUGCCAACUUCCCAGAAGCACCUCAGGAGGAGGCUUCUCUCAGCAAUAGGCUCAAGACGUAUGCCAACUUCCCAGAAGCACCUCAGGAGGAGGCUUCUCUCAGCAAUAGGCUCAAGACGUAUGCCAACUUCCCAGAAGCACCUCAGGAGGAGGCUUCUUUCAGCAAUAGGCUCAAGACGUAUGCCAACUUCCCAGAAGCACCUCAGGAGGAGGCUUCUCUCAGCAAUAGGCUCAAGACGUAUGCCAACUUCCCAGAAGCACCUCAGGAGGAGGCUUCUCUCAGCAAUAGGCUCAAGACGUAUGCCAACUUCCCAGAAGCACCUCAGGAGGAGGCUUCUCUCAGCAACAGGCUCAAGACGUAUGCCAACUUCCCAGAAGCACCUCAGGAGGAGGCUUCUCUCAGCAAUAGGCUCAAGACGUAUGCCAACUUCCCAGAAGCACCUCAGGAGGAGGCUUCUCUCAGCAAUAGGCUCAAGACGUAUGCCAACUUCCCAGAAGCACCUCAGGAGGAGGCUUCUCUCAGCAAUAGGCUCAAGACGUAUGCCAACUUCCCAGAAGCACCUCAGGAGGAGGCUUCUCUCAGCAAUAGGCUCAAGACGUAUGCCAACUUCCCAGAAGCACCUCAGGAGGAGGCUUCUCUCAGCAAUAGGCUCAAGACGUAUGCCAACUUCCCAGAAGCACCUCAGGAGGAGGCUUCUCUCAGCAAUAGGCUCAAGACGUAUGCCAACUUCCCAGAAGCACCUCAGGAGGAGGCUUCUCUCAGCAAUAGGCUCAAGACGUAUGCCAACUUCCAAGAAGCACCUCAGGAGGAGGCUUCUCUCAGCAAUAGGCUCAAGACGUAUGCCAACUUCCCAGAAGCACCUCAGGAGGAGGCUUCUCUCAGCAAUAGGCUCAAGACGUAUGCCAACUUCCCAGAAGCACCUCAGGAGGAGGCUUCUCUCAGCAAUAGGCUCAAGACGUAUGCCAACUUCCCAGAAGCACCUCAGGAGGAGGCUUCUCUCAGCAAUAGGCGCAAGACGUAUGCCAACUUCCCAGAAGCACCUCAGGAGGAGGCUUCUCUCAGCAGUAGGCUCAAGACGUAUGCCAACUUCCCAGAAGCACCUCAGGAGGAGGCUUCUCUCAGCAAUAGGCUUAAGACGUAUGCCAACUUCCCAGAAGCACCUCAGGAGGAGGCUUCUCUCAGCAAUAGGCUCAAGACGUAUGCCAACUUCCCAGAAGCACCUCAGGAGGAGGCUUCUCUCAGCAAUAGGCUCAAGACGUAUGCCAACUUCCCAGAAGCACCUCAGGAGGAGGCUUCUCUCAGCAAUAGGCUCAAGACGUAUGCCAACUUCCCAGAAGCACCUCAGGAGGAGGCUUCUCUCAGCAAUAGGCUCAAGACGUAUGCCAACUUCCCAGAAGCACCUCAGGAGGAGGGUUCUCUCAGCAAUAGGCUCAAGACGUAUGCCAACUUCCCAGAAGCACCUCAGGAGGAGGCUUCUCUCAGCAAUAGGCUCAAGACGUAUGCCAACUUCCCAGAAGCACCUCAGGAGGAGGCUUCUCUCAGCAAUAGGCUCAAGACGUAUGCCAACUUCCCAGAAGCACCUCAGGAGGAGGCUUCUCUCAGCAAUAGGCUCAAGACGUAUGCCAACUUCCCAGAAGCACCUCAGGAGGAGGCUUCUCUCAGCAAUAGGCUCAAGACGUAUGCCAACUUCCCAGAAGCACCUCAGGAGGAGGCUUCUCUCAGCAAUAGGCUCAAGACGUAUGCCAACUUCCCAGAAGCACCUCAGGAGGAGGCUUCUCUCAGCAAUAGGCUCAAGACGUAUGCCAACUUCCCAGAAGCACCUCAGGAGGAGGCUUCUCUCAGCAAUAGGCUCAAGACGUAUGCCAACUUCCCAGAAGCACCUCAGGAGGAGGCUUCUCUCAGCAAUAGGCUCAAGACGUAUGCCAACUUCCCAGAAGCACCUCAGGAGGAGGCUUCUCUCAGCAAUAGGCUCAAGACGUAUGCCAACUUCCCAGAAGCACCUCAGGAGGAGGCUUCUCUCAGCAAUAGGCUCAAGACGUAUGCCAACUUCCCAGAAGCACCUCAGGAGGAGGCUUCUCUCAGCAAUAGGCUCAAGACGUAUGCCAACUUCCCAGAAGCACCUCAGGAGGAGGCUUCUCUCAGCAAUAGGCUCAAGACGUAUGCCAACUUCCCAGAAGCACCUCAGGAGGAGGCUUCUCUCAGCAAUAGGCUCAAGACGUAUGCCAACUUCCCAGAAGCACCUCAGGAGGAGGCUUCUCUCAGCAAUAGGCUCAAGACGUAUGCCAACUUCCCAGAAGCACCUCAGGAGGAGGCUUCUCUCAGCAAUAGGCUCAAGACGUAUGCCAACUUCCCAGAAGCACCUCAGGAGGAGGCUUCUCUCAGCAAUAGGCUCAAGACGUAUGCCAACUUCCCAGAAGCACCUCAGGAGGAGGCUUCUCUCAGCAAUAGGCUCAAGACGUAUGCCAACUUCCCAGAAGCACCUCAGGAGGAGGCUUCUCUCAGCAAUAGGCUCAAGACGUAUGCCAACUUCCCAGAAGCACCUCAGGAGGAGGCUUCUCUCAGCAAUAGGCUCAAGACGUAUGCCAACUUCCCAGAAGCACCUCAGGAGGAGGCUUCUCUCAGCAAUAGGCUCAAGACGUAUGCCAACUUCCCAGAAGCACCUCAGGAGGAGGCUUCUCUCAGCAAUAGGCUCAAGACGUAUGCCAACUUCCCAGAAGCACCUCAGGAGGAGGCUUCUCUCAGCAAUAGGCUCAAGACGUAUGCCAACUUCCCAGAAGCACCUCAGGAGGAGGCUUCUCUCAGCAAUAGGCUCAAGACGUAUGCCAACUUCCCAGAAGCACCUCAGGAGGAGGCUUCUCUCAGCAAUAGGCUCAAGACGUAUGCCAACUUCCCAGAAGCACCUCAGGAGGAGGCUUCUCUCAGCAAUAGGCUCAAGACGUAUGCCAACUUCCCAGAAGAACCUCAGGAGGAGGCUUCUCUCAGCAAUAGGCUCAAGACGUAUGCCAACUUCCCAGAAGCACCUCAGGAGGAGGCUUCUCUCAGCAAUAGGCUCAAGACGUAUGCCAACUUCCCAGAAGCACCUCAGGAGGAGGCUUCUCUCAGCAAUAGGCUCAAGACGUAUGCCAACUUCCCAGAAGCACCUCAGGAGGAGGCUUCUCUCAGCAAUAGGCUCAAGACGUAUGCCAACUUCCCAGAAGCACCUCAGGAGGAGGCUUCUCUCAGCAAUAGGCUCAAGACGUAUGCCAACUUCCCAGAAGCACCUCAGGAGGAGGCUUCUCUCAGCAAUAGGCUCAAGACGUAUGCCAACUUCCCAGAAGCACCUCAGGAGGAGGCUUCUCUCAGCAAUAGGCUCAAGACGUAUGCCAACUUCCCAGAAGCACCUCAGGAGGAGGCUUCUCUCAGCAAUAGGCUCAAGACGUAUGCCAACUUCCCAGAAGCACCUCAGGAGGAGGCUUCUCUCAGCAAUAGGCUCAAGACGUAUGCCAACUUCCCAGAAGCACCUCAGGAGGAGGCUUCUCUCAGCAAUAGGCUCAAGACUUAUGCCAACUUCCCAGAAGCACCUCAGGAGGAGGCUUCUCUCAGCAAUAGGCUCAAGACGUAUGCCAACUUCCCAGAAGCACCUCAGGAGGAGGCUUCUCUCAGCAGUAGGCUCAAGACGUAUGCCAACUUCCCAGAAGCACCUCAGGAGGAGGCUUCUCUCAGCAAUAGGCUCAAGACGUAUGCCAACUUCCCAGAAGCACCUCAGGAGGAGGCUUCUCUCAGCAAUAGGCUCAAGACGUAUGCCAACUUCCCAGAAGCACCUCAGGAGGAGGCUUCUCUCAGCAAUAGGCUCAAGACGUAUGCCAACUUCCCAGAAGCACCUCAGGAGGAGGCUUCUCUCAGCAAUAGGCUCAAGACGUAUGCCAACUUCCCAGAAGCACCUCAGGAGGAGGCUUCUCUCAGCAAUAGGCUCAAGACGUAUGCCAACUUCCCAGAAGCACCUCAGGAGGAGGCUUCUCUCAGCAAUAGGCUCAAGACGUAUGCCAACUUCCCAGAAGCACCUCAGGAGGAGGCUUCUCUCAGCAAUAGGCUCAAGACGUAUGCCAACUUCCCAGAAGCACCUCAGGAGGAGGCUUCUCUCAGCAAUAGGCUCAAGACGUAUGCCAACUUCCCAGAAGCACCUCAGGAGGAGGCUUCUCUCAGCAGUAGGCUCAAGACGUAUGCCAACUUCCCAGAAGCACCUCAGGAGGAGGCUUCUCUCAGCAAUAGGCUCAAGACGUAUGCCAACUUCCCAGAAGCACCUCAGGAGGAGGCUUCUCUCAGCAAUAGGCUCAAGACGUAUGCCAACUUCCCAGAAGCACCUCAGGAGGAGGCUUCUCUCAGCAAUAGGCUCAAGACGUAUGCCAACUUCCCAGAAGCACCUCAGGAGGAGGCUUCUCUCAGCAGUAGGCUCAAGACGUAUGCCAACUUCCCAGAAGCACCUCAGGAGGAGGCUUCUCUCAGCAAUAGGCUCAAGACGUAUGCCAACUUCCCAGAAGCACCUCAGGAGGAGGCUUCUCUCAGCAAUAGGCUCAAGACGUAUGCCAACUUCCCAGAAGCACCUCAGGAGGAGGCUUCUCUCAGCAAUAGGCUCAAGACGUAUGCCAACUUCCCAGAAGCACCUCAGGAGGAGGCUUCUCUCAGCAAUAGGCUCAAGACGUAUGCCAACUUCCCAGAAGCACCUCAGGAGGAGGCUUCUCUCAGCAAUAGGCUCAAGACGUAUGCCAACUUCCCAGAAGCACCUCAGGAGGAGGCUUCUCUCAGCAAUAGGCUCAAGACGUAUGCCAACUUCCCAGAAGCACCUCAGGAGGAGGCUUCUCUCAGCAAUAGGCUCAAGACGUAUGCCAACUUCCCAGAAGCACCUCAGGAGGAGGCUUCUCUCAGCAAUAGGCUCAAGACGUAUGCCAACUUCCCAGAAGCACCUCAGGAGGAGGCUUCUCUCAGCAGUAGGCUCAAGACGUAUGCCAACUUCCCAGAAGCACCUCAGGAGGAGGCUUCUCUCAGCAAUAGGCUCAAGACGUAUGCCAACUUCCCAGAAGCACCUCAGGAGGAGGCUUCUCUCAGCAAUAGGCUCAAGACGUAUGCCAACUUCCCAGAAGCACCUCAGGAGGAGGCUUCUCUCAGCAAUAGGCUCAAGACGUAUGCCAACUUCCCAGAAGCACCUCAGGAGGAGGCUUCUCUCAGCAAUAGGCUCAAGACGUAUGCCAACUUCCCAGAAGCACCUCAGGAGGAGGCUUCUCUCAGCAAUAGGCUCAAGACGUAUGCCAACUUCCCAGAAGCACCUCAGGAGGAGGCUUCUCUCAGCAAUAGGCUCAAGACGUAUGCCAACUUCCCAGAAGCACCUCAGGAGGAGGCUUCUCUCAGCAAUAGAUGCGAGCUGAUUCCCUGGCUUAGGCUCAAGACGUAUGCCAACUUCCCAGAAGCACCUCAGGAGGAGGCUUCUCUCAGCAAUAGGCUCAAGACGUAUGCCAACUUCCCAGAAGCACCUCAGGAGGAGGCUUCUCUCAGCAAUAGGCUCAAGACGUAUGCCAACUUCCCAGAAGCACCUCAGGAGGAGGCUUCUCUCAGCAGUAGGCUCAAGACGUAUGCCAACUUCCCAGAAGCACCUCAGGAGGAGGCUUCUCUCAGCAAUAGGCUCAAGACGUAUGCCAACUUCCCAGAAGCACCUCAGGAGGAGGCUUCUCUCAGCAAUAGGCUCAAGACGUAUGCCAACUUCCCAGAAGCACCUCAGGAGGAGGCUUCUCUCAGCAAUAGGCUCAAGACGUAUGCCAACUUCCCAGAAGCACCUCAGGAGGAGGCUUCUCUCAGCAAUAGGCUCAAGACGUAUGCCAACUUCCCAGAAGCACCUCAGGAGGAGGCUUCUCUCAGCAGUAGGCUCAAGAUGUAUGCCAACUUCCCAGAAGCACCUCAGGAGGAGGCUUCUCUCAGCAGUAGGCUCAAGACGUAUGCCAACUUCCCAGAAGCACCUCAGGAGGAGGCUUCUCUCAGCAGUAGGCUCAAGACGUAUGCCAACUUCCCAGAAGCACCUCAGGAGGAGGCUUCUCUCAGCAAUAGGCUCAAGACGUAUGCCAACUUCCCAGAAGCACCUCAGGAGGAGGCUUCUCUCAGCAGUAGGCUCAAGACGUAUGCCAACUUCCCAGAAGCACCUCAGGAGGAGGCUUCUCUCAGCAAUAGGCUCAAGACGUAUGCCAACUUCCCAGAAGCACCUCAGGAGGAGGCUUCUCUCAGCAAUAGGCUCAAGACGUAUGCCAACUUCCCAGAAGCACCUCAGGAGGAGGCUUCUCUCAGCAAUAGGCUCAAGACGUAUGCCAACUUCCCAGAAGCACCUCAGGAGGAGGCUUCUCUCAGCAAUAGGCUCAAGACGUAUGCCAACUUCCCAGAAGCACCUCAGGAGGAGGCUUCUCUCAGCAAUAGGCUCAAGACGUAUGCCAACUUCCCAGAAGCACCUCAGGAGGAGGCUUCUCUCAGCAAUAGGCUCAAGACGUAUGCCAACUUCCCAGAAGCACCUCAGGAGGAGGCUUCUCUCAGCAAUAGGCUCAAGACGUAUGCCAACUUCCCAGAAGCACCUCAGGAGGAGGCUUCUCUCAGCAAUAGGCUCAAGACGUAUGCCAACUUCCCAGAAGCACCUCAGGAGGAGGCUUCUCUCAGCAAUAGGCUCAAGACGUAUGCCAACUUCCCAGAAGCACCUCAGGAGGAGGCUUCUCUCAGCAAUAGGCUCAAGACGUAUGCCAACUUCCCAGAAGCACCUCAGGAGGAGGCUUCUCUCAGCAAUAGGCUCAAGACGUAUGCCAACUUCCCAGAAGCACCUCAGGAGGAGGCUUCUCUCAGCAGUAGGCUCAAGACGUAUGCCAACUUCCCAGAAGCACCUCAGGAGGAGGCUUCUCUCAGCAAUAGGCUCAAGACGUAUGCCAACUUCCCAGAAGCACCUCAGGAGGAGGCUUCUCUCAGCAAUAGGCUCAAGACGUAUGCCAACUUCCCAGAAGCACCUCAGGAGGAGGCUUCUCUCAGCAAUAGGCUCAAGACGUAUGCCAACUUCCCAGAAGCACCUCAGGAGGAGGCUUCUCUCAGCAAUAGGCUCAAGACGUAUGCCAACUUCCCAGAAGCACCUCAGGAGGAGACUUCUCUCAGCAAUAGGCUCAAGACGUAUGCCAACUUCCCAGAAGCACCUCAGGAGGAGGCUUCUCUCAGCAAUAGGCUCAAGACGUAUGCCAACUUCCCAGAAGCACCUCAGGAGGAGGCUUCUCUCAGCAAUAGGCUCAAGACGUAUGCCAACUUCCCAGAAGCACCUCAGGAGGAGGCUUCUCUCAGCAAUAGGCUCAAGACGUAUGCCAACUUCCCAGAAGCACCUCAGGAGGAGGCUUCUCUCAGCAAUAGGCUCAAGACGUAUGCCAACUUCCCAGAAGCACCUCAGGAGGAGGCUUCUCUCAGCAAUAGGCUCAAGACGUAUGCCAACUUCCCAGAAGCACCUCAGGAGGAGGCUUCUCUCAGCAAUAGGCUCAAGACGUAUGCCAACUUCCCAGAAGCACCUCAGGAGGAGGCUUCUCUCAGCAAUAGGCUCAAGACGUAUGCCAACUUCCCAGAAGCACCUCAGGAGGAGGCUUCUCUCAGCAAUAGGCUCAAGACGUAUGCCAACUUCCCAGAAGCACCUCAGGAGGAGGCUUCUCUCAGCAAUAGGCUCAAGACGUAUGCCAACUUCCCAGAAGCACCUCAGGAGGAGGCUUCUCUCAGCAAUAGGCUCAAGACGUAUGCCAACUUCCCAGAAGCACCUCAGGAGGAGGCUUCUCUCAGCAAUAGGCUCAAGACGUAUGCCAACUUCCCAGAAGCACCUCAGGAGGAGGCUUCUCUCAGCAGUAGGCUCAAGACGUAUGCCAACUUCCCAGAAGCACCUCAGGAGGAGGCUUCUCUCAGCAGUAGGCUCAAGACGUAUGCCAACUUCCCAGAAGCACCUCAGGAGGAGGCUUCUCUCAGCAAUAGGCUCAAGACGUAUGCCAACUUCCCAGAAGCACCUCAGGAGGAGGCUUCUCUCAGCAGUAGGCUCAAGACGUAUGCCAACUUCCCAGAAGCACCUCAGGAGGAGGCUUCUCUCAGCAAUAGGCUCAAGACGUAUGCCAACUUCCCAGAAGCACCUCAGGAGGAGGCUUCUCUCAGCAAUAGGCUCAAGACGUAUGCCAACUUCCCAGAAGCACCUCAGGAGGAGGCUUCUCUCAGCAAUAGGCUCAAGACGUAUGCCAACUUCCCAGAAGCACCUCAGGAGGAGGCUUCUCUCAGCAGUAGGCUCAAGACGUAUGCCAACUUCCCAGAAGCACCUCAGGAGGAGGCUUCUCUCAGCAAUAGGCUCAAGACGUAUGCCAACUUCCCAGAAGCACCUCAGGAGGAGGCUUCUCUCAGCAGUAGGCUCAAGACGUAUGCCAACUUCCCAGAAGCACCUCAGGAGGAGGCUUCUCUCAGCAAUAGGCUCAAGACGUAUGCCAACUUCCCAGAAGCACCUCAGGAGGAGGCUUCUCUCAGCAAUAGGCUCAAGACGUAUGCCAACUUCCCAGAAGCACCUCAGGAGGAGGCUUCUCUCAGCAGUAGAUGCGAGCUGAUUCCCUGGCUUAGGCUCAAGACGUAUGCCAACUUCCCAGAAGCACCUCAGGAGGAGGCUUCUCUCAGCAAUAGGCUCAAGACGUAUGCCAACUUCCCAGAAGCACCUCAGGAGGAGGCUUCUCUCAGCAGUAGGCUCAAGACGUAUGCCAACUUCCCAGAAGCACCUCAGGAGGAGGCUUCUCUCAGCAGUAGAUGCGAGCUGAUUCCCUGGCUUAGGCUCAAGACGUAUGCCAACUUCCCAGAAGCACCUCAGGAGGAGGCUUCUCUCAGCAAUAGGCUCAAGACGUAUGCCAACUUCCCAGAAGCACCUCAGGAGGAGGCUUCUCUCAGCAGUAGGCUCAAGACGUAUGCCAACUUCCCAGAAGCACCUCAGGAGGAGGCUUCUCUCAGCAAUAGAUGCGAGCUGAUUCCCUGGCUUAGGCUCAAGACGUAUGCCAACUUCCCAGAAGCACCUCAGGAGGAGGCUUCUCUCAGCAAUAGGCUCAAGACGUAUGCCAACUUCCCAGAAGCACCUCAGGAGGAGGCUUCUCUCAGCAGUAGAUGCGAGCUGAUUCCCUGGCUUAGGCUCAAGACGUAUGCCAACUUCCCAGAAGCACCUCAGGAGGAGGCUUCUCUCAGCAAUAGGCUCAAGACGUAUGCCAACUUCCCAGAAGCACCUCAGGAGGAGGCUUCUCUCAGCAGUAGGCUCAAGACGUAUGCCAACUUCCCAGAAGCACCUCAGGAGGAGGCUUCUCUCAGCAAUAGGCUCAAGACGUAUGCCAACUUCCCAGAAGCACCUCAGGAGGAGGCUUCUCUCAGCAAUAGGCUCAAGACGUAUGCCAACUUCCCAGAAGCACCUCAGGAGGAGGCUUCUCUCAGCAAUAGGCUCAAGACGUAUGCCAACUUCCCAGAAGCACCUCAGGAGGAGGCUUCUCUCAGCAGUAGAUGCGAGCUGAUUCCCUGGCUUAGGCUCAAGACGUAUGCCAACUUCCCAGAAGCACCUCAGGAGGAGGCUUCUCUCAGCAAUAGGCUCAAGACGUAUGCCAACUUCCCAGAAGCACCUCAGGAGGAGGCUUCUCUCAGCAGUAGGCUCAAGACGUAUGCCAACUUCCCAGAAGCACCUCAGGAGGAGGCUUCUCUCAGCAAUAGGCUCAAGACGUAUGCCAACUUCCCAGAAGCACCUCAGGAGGAGGCUUCUCUCAGCAAUAGGCUCAAGACGUAUGCCAACUUCCCAGAAGCACCUCAGGAGGAGGCUUCUCUCAGCAGUAGGCUCAAGACGUAUGCCAACUUCCCAGAAGCACCUCAGGAGGAGGCUUCUCUCAGCAAUAGGCUCAAGACGUAUGCCAACUUCCCAGAAGCACCUCAGGAGGAGGCUUCUCUCAGCAGUAGGCUCAAGACGUAUGCCAACUUCCCAGAAGCACCUCAGGAGGAGGCUUCUCUCAGCAAUAGGCUCAAGACGUAUGCCAACUUCCCAGAAGCACCUCAGGAGGAGGCUUCUCUCAGCAGUAGGCUCAAGACGUAUGCCAACUUCCCAGAAGCACCUCAGGAGGAGGCUUCUCUCAGCAAUAGGCUCAAGACGUAUGCCAACUUCCCAGAAGCACCUCAGGAGGAGGCUUCUCUCAGCAGUAGGCUCAAGACGUAUGCCAACUUCCCAGAAGCACCUCAGGAGGAGGCUUCUCUCAGCAAUAGGCUCAAGACGUAUGCCAACUUCCCAGAAGCACCUCAGGAGGAGGCUUCUCUCAGCAGUAGGCUCAAGACGUAUGCCAACUUCCCAGAAGCACCUCAGGAGGAGGCUUCUCUCAGCAGUAGGCUCAAGACGUAUGCCAACUUCCCAGAAGCACCUCAGGAGGAGGCUUCUCUCAGCAAUAGGCUCAAGACGUAUGCCAACUUCCCAGAAGCACCUCAGGAGGAGGCUUCUCUCAGCAAUAGGCUCAAGACGUAUGCCAACUUCCCAGAAGCACCUCAGGAGGAGGCUUCUCUCAGCAAUAGGCUCAAGACGUAUGCCAACUUCCCAGAAGCACCUCAGGAGGAGGCUUCUCUCAGCAAUAGGCUCAAGACGUAUGCCAACUUCCCAGAAGCACCUCAGGAGGAGGCUUCUCUCAGCAAUAGGCUCAAGACGUAUGCCAACUUCCCAGAAGCACCUCAGGAGGAGGCUUCUCUCAGCAAUAGGCUCAAGACGUAUGCCAACUUCCCAGAAGCACCUCAGGAGGAGGCUUCUCUCAGCAAUAGGCUCAAGACGUAUGCCAACUUCCCAGAAGCACCUCAGGAGGAGGCUUCUCUCAGCAAUAGGCUCAAGACGUAUGCCAACUUCCCAGAAGCACCUCAGGAGGAGGCUUCUCUCAGCAAUAGGCUCAAGACAUAUGCCAACUUCCCAGAAGCACCUCAGGAGGAGGCUUCUCUCAGCAAUAGGCUCAAGACGUAUGCCAACUUCCCAGAAGCACCUGAGGAGGAGGCUUCUCUCAGCAAUAGGCUCAAGACGUAUGCCAACUUCCCAGAAGCACCUCAGGAGGAGGCUUCUCUCAGCAAUAGGCUCAAGACCUAUGCCAACUUCCCAGAAGCACCUCAGGAGGAGGCUUCUCUCAGCAAUAGGCUCAAGACGUAUGCCAACUUCCCAGAAGCACCUCAGGAGGAGGCUUCUCUCAGCAAUAGGCUCAAGACCUAUGCCAACUUCCCAGAAGCACCUCAGGAGGAGGCUUCUCUCAGCAAUAGGCUCAAGACGUAUGCCAACUUCCCAGAAGCACCUCAGGAGGAGGCUUCUCUCAGCAAUAGGCUCAAGACGUAUGCCAACUUCCCAGAAGCACCUCAGGAGGAGGCUUCUCUCAGCAAUAGGCUCAAGACGUAUGCCAACUUCCCAGAAGCACCUCAGGAGGAGGCUUCUCUCAGCAAUAGGCUCAAGACGUAUGCCAACUUCCCAGAAGCACCUCAGGAGGAGGCUUCUCUCAGCAAUAGGCUCAAGACGUAUGCCAACUUCCCAGAAGCACCUCAGGAGGAGGCUUCUCUCAGCAAUAGGCUCAAGACGUAUGCCAACUUCCCAGAAGCACCUCAGGAGGAGGCUUCUCUCAGCAAUAGGCUCAAGACGUAUGCCAACUUCCCAGAAGCACCUCAGGAGGAGGCUUCUCUCAGCAAUAGGCUCAAGACGUAUGCCAACUUCCCAGAAGCACCUCAGGAGGAGGCUUCUCUCAGCAAUAGGCUCAAGACGUAUGCCAACUUCCCAGAAGCACCUCAGGAGGAGGCUUCUCUCAGCAAUAGGCUCAAGACGUAUGCCAACUUCCCAGAAGCACCUCAGGAGGAGGCUUCUCUCAGCAAUAGGCUCAAGACGUAUGCCAACUUCCCAGAAGCACCUCAGGAGGAGGCUUCUCUCAGCAAUAGGCUCAAGACGUUUGCCAACUUCCCAGAAGCACCUCAGGAGGAGGCUUCUCUCAGCAAUAGGCUCAAGACGUAUGCAAACUUCCCAGAAGCACCUCAGGAGGAGGCUUCUCUCAGCAAUAGGCUCAAGACGUAUGCCAACUUCCCAGAAGCACCUCAGGAGGAGGCUUCUCUCAGCAAUAGGCUCAAGACGUAUGCCAACUUCCCAGAAGCACCUCAGGAGGAGGCUUCUCUCAGCAAUAGGCUCAAGACGUAUGCCAACUUCCCAGAAGCACCUCAGGAGGAGGCUUCUCUCAGCAAUAGGCUCAAGACGUAUGCCAUCUUCCCAGAAGCACCUCAGGAGGAGGCUUCUCUCAGCAAUAGGCUCAAGACGUAUGCCAACUUCCCAGAAGCACCUCAGGAGGAGGCUUCUCUCAGCAAUAGGCUCAAGACGUAUGCCAACUUCCCAGAAGCACCUCAGGAGGAGGCUUCUCUCAGCAGUAGGCUCAAGACGUAUGCAAACUUCCCAGAAGCACCUCAGGAGGAGGCUUCUCUCAGCAAUAGGCUCAAGACGUAUGCCAACUUCCCAGAAGCACCUCAGGAGGAGGCUUCUCUCAGCAAUAGGCUCAAGACGUAUGCCAACUUCCCAGAAGCACCUCAGGAGGAGGCUUCUCUCAGCAAUAGGCUCAAGACGUAUGCCAACUUCCCAGAAGCACCUCAGGAGGAGGCUUCUCUCAGCAAUAGGCUCAAGACGUAUGCCAUCUUCCCAGAAGCACCUCAGGAGGAGGCUUCUCUCAGCAAUAGGCUCAAGACGUAUGCCAACUUCCCAGAAGCACCUCAGGAGGAGGCUUCUCUCAGCAGUAGGCUCAAGACGUAUGCCAACUUCCCAGAAGCACCUCAGGAGGAGGCUUCUCUCAGCAAUAGGCUCAAGACGUAUGCCAACUUCCCAGAAGCACCUCAGGAGGAGGCUUCUCUCAGCAAUAGGCUCAAGACAUAUGCCAACUUCCCAGAAGCACCUCAGGAGGAGGCUUCUCUCAGCAAUAGGCUCAAGACGUAUGCCAACUUCCCAGAAGCACCUCAGGAGGAGGCUUCUCUCAGCAAUAGGCUCAAGACGUAUGCCAAAUUCCCAGAAGCACCUCAGGAGGAGGCUUCUCUCAGCAAUAGGCUCAAGACGUAUGCCAACUUCCCAGAAGCACCUCAGGAGGAGGCUUCUCUCAGCAAUAGGCUCAAGACGUAUGCCAAAUUCCCAGAAGCACCUCAGGAGGAGGCUUCUCUCAGCAAUAGGCUCAAGACGUAUGCCAACUUCCCAGAAGCACCUCAGGAGGAGGCUUCUCUCAGCAAUAGGCUCAAGACGUAUGCCAAAUUCCCAGAAGCACCUCAGGAGGAGGCUUCUCUCAGCAAUAGGCUCAAGACGUAUGCCAACUUCCCAGAAGCACCUCAGGAGGAGGCUUCUCUCAGCAAUAGGCUCAAGACGUAUGCCAACUUCCCAGAAGCACCUCAGGAGGAGGCUUCUCUCAGCAAUAGGCUCAAGACGUAUGCCAACUUCCCAGAAGCACCUCAGGAGGAGGCUUCUCUCAGCAAUAGGCUCAAGACGUAUGCCAACUUCCCAGAAGCACCUCAGGAGGAGGCUUCUCUCAGCAAUAGGCUCAAGACGUAUGCCAACUUCCCAGAAGCACCUCAGGAGGAGGCUUCUCUCAGCAAUAGGCUCAAGACGUAUGCCAACUUCCCAGAAGCACCUCAGGAGGAGGCUUCUCUCAGCAAUAGGCUCAAGACGUAUGCCAACUUCCCAGAAGCACCUCAGGAGGAGGCUUCUCUCAGCAAUAGGCUCAAGACGUAUGCCAACUUCCCAGAAGCACCUCAGGAGGAGGCUUCUCUCAGCAAUAGGCUCAAGACGUAUGCCAACUUCCCAGAAGCACCUCAGGAGGAGGCUUCUCUCAGCAAUAGGCUCAAGACGUAUGCCAACUUCCCAGAAGCACCUCAGGAGGAGGCUUCUCUCAGCAAUAGGCUCAAGACGUAUGCCAACUUCCCAGAAGCACCUCAGGAGGAGGCUUCUCUCAGCAAUAGGCUCAAAACGUAUGCCAAAUUCCCAGAAGCACCUCAGGAGGAGGCUACUCUCAGCAAUAGGCUCAAGACGUAUGCCAACUUCCCAGAAGCACCUCAGGAGGAGGCUUCUCUCAGCAAUAGGCUCAAGACGUAUGCCAACUUCCCAGAAGCACCUCAGGAGGAGGCUUCUCUCAGCAAUAGGCUCAAGACGUAUGCCAACUUCCCAGAAGCACCUCAGGAGGAGGCUUCUCUCAGCAAUAGGCUCAAGACGUAUGCCAACUUCCCAGAAGCACCUCAGGAGGAGGCUUCUCUCAGCAAUAGGCUCAAGACGUAUGCCAACUUCCCAGAAGCACCUCAGGAGGAGGCUUCUCUCAGCAAUAGGCUCAAGACGUAUGCCAACUUCCCAGAAGCACCUCAGGAGGAGGCUUCUCUCAGCAAUAGGCUCAAGACGUAUGCCAACUUCCCAGAAGCACCUCAGGAGGAGGCUUCUCUCAGCAAUAGGCUCAAGACGUAUGCCAACUUCCCAGAAGCACCUCAGGAGGAGGCUUCUCUCAGCAAUAGGCUCAAGACGUAUGCCAACUUCCCAGAAGCACCUCAGGAGGAGGCUUCUCUCAGCAAUAGGCUCAAGACGUAUGCCAAAUUCCCAGAAGCACCUCAGGAGGAGGCUUCUCUCAGCAAUAGGCUCAAGACGUAUGCCAACUUCCCAGAAGCACCUCAGGAGGAGGCUUCUCUCAGCAAUAGGCUCAAGACGUAUGCCAACUUCCCAGAAGCACCUCAGGAGGAGGCUUCUCUCAGCAAUAGGCUCAAGACGUAUGCCAAAUUCCCAGAAGCACCUCAGGAGGAGGCUUCUCUCAGCAAUAGGCUCAAGACGUAUGCCAACUUCCCAGAAGCACCUCAGGAGGAGGCUUCUCUCAGCAAUAGGCUCAAGACGUAUGCCAACUUCCCAGAAGCACCUCAGGAGGAGGCUUCUCUCAGCAAUAGGCUCAAGACGUAUGCCAAAUUCCCAGAAGCACCUCAGGAGGAGGCUUCUCUCAGCAAUAGGCUCAAGACGUAUGCCAACUUCCCAGAAGCACCUCAGGAGGAGGCUUCUCUCAGCAAUAGGCUCAAGACGUAUGCCAACUUCCAAGAAGCACCUCAGGAGGAGGCUUCUCUCAGCAAUAGGCUCAAGACGUAUGCCAACUUCCCAGAAGCACCUCAGGAGGAGGCUUCUCUCAGCAAUAGGCUCAAGACGUAUGCCAACUUCCCAGAAGCACCUCAGGAGGAGGCUUCUCUCAGCAAUAGGCUCAAGACGUAUGCCAACUUCCCAGAAGCACCUCAGGAGGAGGCUUCUCUCAGCAAUAGGCUCAAGACGUAUGCCAACUUCCCAGAAGCACCUCAGGAGGAGGCUUCUCUCAGCAAUAGGCUCAAGACGUAUGCCAACUUCCCAGAAGCACCUCAGGAGGAGGCUUCUCUCAGCAAUAGGCUCAAGAGGUAUGCCAACUUCCCAGAAGCACCUCAGGAGGAGGCUUCUCUCAGCAAUAGGCUCAAGACGUAUGCCAACUUCCCAGAAGCACCUCAGGAGGAGGCUUCUCUCAGCAAUAGGCUCAAGACGUAUGCCAACUUCCCAGAAGCACCUCAGGAGGAGGCUUCUCUCAGCAAUAGGCUCAAGACGUAUGCCAACUUCCCAGAAGCACCUCAGGAGGAGGCUUCUCUCAGCAAUAGGCUCAAGACGUAUGCCAAAUUCCCAGAAGCACCUCAGGAGGAGGCUUCUCUCAGCAAUAGGCUCAAGACGUAUGCCAACUUCCCAGAAGCACCUCAGGAGGAGGCUUCUCUCAGCAAUAGGCUCAAGACGUAUGCCAACUUCCCAGAAGCACCUCAGGAGGAGGCUUCUCUCCGCAAUACGCUCAAGACGUAUGCCAACUUCCCAGAAGCACCUCAGGAGGAGGCUUCUCUCAGCAAUAGGCUCAAGACGUAUGCCAACUUCCCAGAAGCACCUCAGGAGGAGGCUUCUCUCCGCAAUACGCUCAAGACGUAUGCCAACUUCCCAGAAGCACCUCAGGAGGAGGCUUCUCUCAGCAAUAGGCUCAAGACGUAUGCCAACUUCCCAGAAGCACCUCAGGAGGAGGCUUCUCUCAGCAAUAGGCUCAAGACGUAUGCCAACUUCCCAGAAGCAACUCAGGAGGAGGCUUCUCUCAGCAAUAGGCUCAAGACGUAUGCCAACUUCCCAGAAGCACCUCAGGAGGAGGCUUCUCUCAGCAAUAGGCUCAAGACGUAUGCCAACUUCCCAGAAGCACCUCAGGAGGAGGCUUCUCUCAGCAAUAGGCUCAAGACGUAUGCCAACUUCCCAGAAGCACCUCAGGAGGAGGCUUCUCUCAGCAAUAGGUUCAAGACGUAUGCCAACUUCCGAGAAGCACCUCAGGAGGAGGCUUCUCUCAGCAAUAGGCUCAAGACGUAUGCCAACUUCCCAGAAGCACCUCAGGAGGAGGCUUCUCUCAGCAAUAGGCUCAAGACGUAUGCCAACUUCCCAGAAGCACCUCAGGAGGAGGCUUCUCUCAGCAAUAGGCUCAAGACGUAUGCCAACUUCCCAGAAGCACCUCAGGAGGAGGCUUCUCACCGCAAUACGCUCAAGACGUAUGCCAAAUUCCCAGAAGCACCUCAGGAGGAGCCUUCUCUCAGCAAUAGGCUCAAGACGUAUGCCAACUUCCCAGAAGCACCUCAGGAGGAGGCUUCUCUCAGCAAUAGGCUCAAGACGUAUGCCAACUUCCCAGAAGCACCUCAGGAGGAGGCUUCUCUCAGCAAUAGGCUCAAGACGUAUGCCAACUUCCCAGAAGCACCUCAGGAGGAGGCUUCUCACCGCAAUACGCUCAAGACGUAUGCCAAAUUCCCAGAAGCACCUCAGGAGGAGCCUUCUCUCAGCAAUAGGCUCAAGACGUAUGCCAACUUCCCAGAAGCACCUCAGGAGGAGGCUUCUCUCAGCAAUAGGCUCAAGACGUAUGCCAAAUUCCCAGAAGCACCUCAGGAGGAGGCUUCUCUCAGCAAUAGGCUCAAGACGUAUGCCAACUUCCCAGAAGCACCUCAGGAGGAGGCUUCUCUCAGCAAUAGGCUCAAGACGUAUGCCAACUUCCCAGAAGCACCUCAGGAGGAGGCUUCUCUCAGCAAUAGGCUCAAGACGUAUGCCAAAUUCCCAGAAGCACCUCAGGAGGAGGCUUCUCUCAGCAAUAGGCUCAAGACGUAUGCCAACUUCCCAGAAGCACCUCAGGAGGAGGCUUCUCUCAGCAAUAGGCUCAAGACGUAUGCCAACUUCCCAGAAGCACCUCAGGAGGAGGCUUCUCUCAGCAAUAGGCUCAAGACGUAUGCCAACUUCCCAGAAGCACCUCAGGAGGAGGCUUCUCUCAGCAAUAGGCUCAAGACGUAUGCCAACUUCCCAGAAGCACCUCAGGAGGAGGCUUCUCUCCGCAAUACGCUCAAGACGUAUGCCAAAUUCCCAGAAGCACCUCAGGAGGAGCCUUCUCUCAGCAAUAGGCUCAAGACGUAUGCCAACUUCCCAGAAGCACCUCAGGAGGAGGCUUCUCUCAGCAAUAGGCUCAAGACGUAUGCCAACUUCCCAGAAGCACCUCAGGAGGAGGCUUCUCUCAGCAAUAGGCUCAAGACGUAUGCCAACUUCCCAGAAGCACCUCAGGAGGAGGCUUCUCUCAGCAAUAGGCUCAAGACGUAUGCCAACUUCCCAGAAGCACCUCAGGAGGAGGCUUCUCUCCGCAAUACGCUCAAGACGUAUGCCAAAUUCCCAGAAGCACCUCAGGAGGAGGCUUCUCUCAGCAAUAGGCUCAAGACGUAUGCCAACUUCCCAGAAGCACCUCAGGAGGAGGCUUCUCUCAGCAAUAGGCUCAAGACGUAUGCCAACUUCCCAGAAGCACCUCAGGAGGAGGCUUCUCUCAGCAAUAGGCUCAAGACGUAUGCCAACUUCCCAGAAGCACCUCAGGAGGAGGCUUCUCUCAGCAAUAGGCUCAAGACGUAUGCCAACUUCCCAGAAGCACCUCAGGAGGAGGCUUCUCUCAGCAAUAGGCUCAAGACGUAUGCCAACUUCCCAGAAGCACCUCAGGAGGAGGCUUCUCUCCGCAAUACGCUCAAGACGUAUGCCAAAUUCCCAGAAGCACCUCAGGAGGAGCCUUCUCUCAGCAAUAGGCUCAAGACGUAUGCCAACUUCCCAGAAGCACCUCAGGAGGAGGCUUCUCUCAGCAAUAGGCUCAAGACGUAUGCCAACUUCCCAGAAGCACCUCAGGAGGAGGCUUCUCUCAGCAAUAGGCUCAAGACGUAUGCCAACUUCCCAGAAGCACCUCAGGAGGAGGCUUCUCUCCGCAAUACGCUCAAGACGUAUGCCAACUUCCCAGAAGCACCUCAGGAGGAGGCUUCUCUCAGCAAUAGGCUCAAGACGUAUGCCAACUUCCCAGAAGCACCUCAGGAGGAGGCUUCUCUCAGCAAUAGGCUCAAGACGUAUGCCAACUUCCCAGAAGCACCUCAGGAGGAGGCUUCUCUCAGCAAUAGGCUCAAGACGUAUGCCAACUUCCCAGAAGCACCUCAGGAGGAGGCUUCUCUCAGCAAUAGGCUCAAGACGUAUGCCAACUUCCCAGAAGCACCUCAGGAGGAGGCUUCUCUCAGCAAUAGGCUCAAGACGUAUGCCAACUUCCCAGAAGCACCUCAGGAGGAGGCUUCUCUCAGCAAUAGGCUCAAGACGUAUGCCAACUUCCCAGAAGCACCUCAGGAGGAGGCUUCUCUCAGCAAUAGGCUCAAGACGUAUGCCAACUUCCCAGAAGCACCUCAGGAGGAGGCUUCUCUCAGCAAUAGGCUCAAGACGUAUGCCAACUUCCCAGAAGCACCUCAGGAGGAGGCUUCUCUCCGCAAUACGCUCAAGACGUAUGCCAACUUCCCAGAAGCACCUCAGGAGGAGGCUUCUCUCAGCAAUAGGCUCAAGACGUAUGCCAACUUCCCAGAAGCACCUCAGGAGGAGGCUUCUCUCAGCAAUAGGCUCAAGACGUAUGCCAACUUCCCAGAAGCACCUCAGGAGGAGGCUUCUCUCAGCAAUAGGCUCAAGACGUAUGCCAACUUCCCAGAAGCACCUCAGGAGGAGGCUUCUCUCAGCAAUAGGCUCAAGACGUAUGCCAACUUCCCAGAAGCACCUCAGGAGGAGGCUUCUCUCAGCAAUAGGCUCAAGACGUAUGCCAACUUCCCAGAAGCACCUCAGGAGGAGGCUUCUCUCCGCAAUACGCUCAAGACGUAUGCCAACUUCCCAGAAGCACCUCAGGAGGAGGCUUCUCUCAGCAAUAGGCUCAAGACGUAUGCCAACUUCCCAGAAGCACCUCAGGAGGAGGCUUCUCUCAGCAAUAGGCUCAAGACGUAUGCCAACUUCCCAGAAGCACCUCAGGAGGAGGCUUCUCUCAGCAAUAGGCUCAAGACGUAUGCCAACUUCCCAGAAGCACCUCAGGAGGAGGCUUCUCUCAGCAAUAGGCUCAAGACGUAUGCCAACUUCCCAGAAGCACCUCAGGAGGAGGCUUCUCUCAGCAAUAGGCUCAAGACGUAUGCCAACUUCCCAGAAGCACCUCAGGAGGAGGCUUCUCUCAGCAAUAGGCUCAAGACGUAUGCCAACUUCCCAGAAGCACCUCAGGAGGAGGCUUCUCUCAGCAAUAGGCUCAAGACGUAUGCCAACUUCCCAGAAGCACCUCAGGAGGAGGCUUCUCUCAGCAAUAGGCUCAAGACGUAUGCCAACUUCCCAGAAGCACCUCAGGAGGAGGCUUCUCUCAGCAAUAGGCUCAAGACGUAUGCCAACUUCCCAGAAGCACCUCAGGAGGAGGCUUCUCUCAGCAAUAGGCUCAAGACGUAUGCCAACUUCCCAGAAGCACCUCAGGAGGAGGCUUCUCUCAGCAAUAGGUUCAAGACGUAUGCCAACUUCCCAGAAGCACCUCAGGAGGAGGCUUCUCUCAGCAAUAGGCUCAAGACGUAUGCCAACUUCCCAGAAGCACCUCAGGAGGAGGCUUCUCUCAGCAAUAGGCUCAAGACGUAUGCCAAAUUCCCAGAAGCACCUCAGGAGGAGGCUUCUCUCAGCAAUAGGCUCAAGACGUAUGCCAACUUCCCAGAAGCACCUCAGGAGGAGGCUUCUCUCAGCAAUAGGCUCAAGACGUAUGCCAACUUCCCAGAAGCACCUCAGGAGGAGGCUUCUCUCAGCAAUAGGCUCAAGACGUAUGCCAACUUCCCAGAAGCACCUCAGGAGGAGGCUUCUCUCAGCAAUAGGCUCAAGACGUAUGCCAACUUCCCAGAAGCACCUCAGGAGGAGGCUUCUCUCAGCAAUAGGCUCAAGACGUAUGCCAACUUCCCAGAAGCACCUCAGGAGGAGGCUUCUCUCAGCAAUAGGCUCAAGACGUAUGCCAACUUCCCAGAAGCACCUCAGGAGGAGGCUUCUCUCAGCAAUAGGCUCAAGACGUAUGCCAACUUCCCAGAAGCACCUCAGGAGGAGGCUUCUCUCAGCAAUAGGCUCAAGACAUAUGCCAACUUCCCGGAAGCACCUCAGGAGGAGGCUUCUCUCAGCAAUAGGCUCAAGACGUAUGCCAACUUCCCAGAAGCACCUCAGGAGGAGGCUUCUCUCAGCAAUAGGCUCAAGACAUAUGCCAACUUCCCGGAAGCACCUCAGGAGGAGGCUUCUCUCAGCAAUAGGCUCAAGACGUAUGCCAACUUCCCAGAAGCACCUCAGGAGGAGGCUUCUCUCAGCAAUAGGCUCAAGACGUAUGCCAACUUCCCAGAAGCACCUCAGGAGGAGGCUUCUCUCAGCAAUAGGCUCAAGACAUAUGCCAACUUCCCGGAAGCACCUCAGGAGGAGGCUUCUCUCAGCAAUAGGCUCAAGACGUAUGCCAACUUCCAAGAAGCACCUCAGGAGGAGGCUUCUCUCAGCAAUAGGCUCAAGACAUAUGCCAACUUCCCGGAAGCACCUCAGGAGGAGGCUUCUCUCAGCAAUAGGCUCAAGACGUAUGCCAACUUCCCAGAAGCACCUCAGGAGGAGGCUUCUCUCAGCAAUAGGCUCAAGACGUAUGCCAAAUUCCCAGAAGCACCUCAGGAGGAGGCUUCUCUCAGCAAUAGGCUCAAGACGUAUGCCAACUUCCCAGAAGCACCUCAGGAGGAGGCUUCUCUCAGCAAUAGGCUCAAGACGUAUGCCAACUUCCCAGAAGCACCUCAGGAGGAGGCUUCUCUCAGCAAUAGGCUCAAGACGUAUGCCAACUUCCCAGAAGCACCUCAGGAGGAGGCUUCUCUCAGCAAUAGGCUCAAGACGUAUGCCAACUUCCCAGAAGCACCUCAGGAGGAGGCUUCUCUCAGCAAUAGGCUCAAGACGUAUGCCAACUUCCCAGAAGCACCUCAGGAGGAGGCUUCUCUCAGCAAUAGGCUCAAGACGUAUGCCAACUUCCCAGAAGCACCUCAGGAGGAGGCUUCUCUCAGCAAUAGGCUCAAGACGUAUGCCAACUUCCCAGAAGCACCUCAGGAGGAGGCUUCUCUCAGCAAUAGGCUCAAGACGUAUGCCAACUUCCCAGAAGCACCUCAGGAGGAGGCUUCUCUCAGCAAUAGGCUCAAGACGUAUGCCAACUUCCCAGAAGCACCUCAGGAGGAGGCUUCUCUCAGCAAUAGGCUCAAGACGUAUGCCAACUUCCCAGAAGCACCUCAGGAGGAGGCUUCUCUCAGCAAUAGGCUCAAGACGUAUGCCAACUUCCCAGAAGCACCUCAGGAGGAGGCUUCUCUCAGCAAUAGGCUCAAGACGUAUGCCCACUUCCCAGAAGCACCUCAGGAGGAGGCUUCUCUCAGCAAUAGGCUCAAGACGUAUGCCAACUUCCCAGAAGCACCUCAGGAGGAGGCUUCUCUCAGCAAUAGGCUCAAGACGUAUGCCAACUUCCCAGAAGCACCUCAGGAGGAGGCUUCUCUCAGCAAUAGGCUCAAGACGUAUGCCAACUUCCCAGAAGCACCUCAGGAGGAGGCUUCUCUCAGCAAUAGGCUCAAGACGUAUGCCAACUUCCCAGAAGCACCUCAGGAGGAGGCUUCUCUCAGCAAUAGGCUCAAGACGUAUGCCAACUUCCCAGAAGCACCUCAGGAGGAGGCUUCUCUCAGCAAUAGGCUCAAGACGUAUGCCAACUUCCCAGAAGCACCUCAGGAGGAGGCUUCUCUCAGCAAUAGGCUCAAGACGUAUGCCAACUUCCCAGAAGCACCUCAGGAGGAGGCUUCUCUCAGCAAUAGGCUCAAGACGUAUGCCAACUUCCCAGAAGCACCUCAGGAGGAGGCUUCUCUCAGCAAUAGGCUCAAGACGUAUGCCAACUUCCCAGAAGCACCUCAGGAGGAGGAUUCUCUCAGCAAUAGGCUCAAGACGUAUGCCAACUUCCCAGAAGCACCUCAGGAGGAGGCUUCUCUCAGCAAUAGGCUCAAGACGUAUGCCAACUUCCCAGAAGCACCUCAGGAGGAGGCUUCUCUCAGCAAUAGGCUCAAGACGUAUGCCAAAUUCCCAGAAGCACCUCAGGAGGAGGCUUCCCUCAGCAAUAGGCAACUCCAGAGAUGCCCCGAGAACACUGUCCCAAGUCUAGAGGAACACCAACUUCAGCACAGCAACUCGAGGAAUGCUCCGUGUACCCCAAAUCGUCUCGAGAUGCGAGCUGAUUCCCUGGCUUAG